UAGAGCGUACCGUAUUGGCCCCGUGUCCUCGGAGGAGCAGCGAGAGAAUCAGAGGUCCAGAGUGAUGAUUGUGCGGUUUCACUACUUUCCCGACAGAGAAAAAGUUGUUCGACGCGGGAAUUGGAAUCAACUUUUCCAUCAGGGAUGUAAGGUCUUCAUCGUUCCUGACUUCAGCUCCAGCGUCGCUAAGAGGAGGGUGGCCUUCGCUGCGGUGAGAAACAGCUUGCUUGAGAGAAAUGUGCGGUCUUCUCUCAGAUACCCUGCUCGCCUUCGGAUAGACCUCGGUGAUGAGAAGCUGCAAUUCGACUGUCCCCAAAAAGCGCAACGAUGGUUUAAUGAACGGUUUCCUCCAUCUUAAGCUGUCUACAUGACAGCUAACCGAUUUAUUAAUACCUAUAAUGUGACUGUAAAAUGCGCGGGUGUGGACAGCUAUAUCAGUUUCCAUGUAAAUCUAUAGGUUGCCUGAGAUACAUGGUAAUUGUGGUACCUUUUAUGCUCGGGAGUGAUUUCACACAACAAGAAUAGGUAUGGUUUACAAGUUCUGGAUGUUCCAGUGUUGUAGGGCUCUGCCUCCAUUGUUUGGGAAUGGAGAUGUUCAGAGCAGGGUGGGGGAGGGUGGGGUGGGAGGUGGGGAGGGGUGGGAUGUGGUGGUGUUGUGUGGGGUUUUUUUUUUUUUUGUGCUUUUUUUGCUUUUGCCUUUAUUUUCUUUUUUAAUUGUUGUUUUUUUUCCUUCGUUGGGGUUUUGUUUUUGUUUUUUUCCCCCCUAUUGAUAUCAACCUCUCUGUACUCCAUUCUGUAUUAAUCUAAAUUGAUGGAAAAUACCCGAAGCUCGUUCAGAUUCCUAAGUUGUGAUGUGAAAGGUCUGAACGGUCCCAUUAAAAGAUCCAAGAUUUUGACACAUCUAAAACUACAAAAACCUGACGUUGCGUUUCUUCGGGAAACUCAUCUCCGUCUCAGGGAUCAAUGUAGACUCCAAGUUCGCUGGACAUCGCAUAUGUUCCACUCCAAUUUUGAUUCCAGGUCCAGGGGAGUUUCUAUCCUGAUAAGUAAGACUGUGCCCUUUUCCUUUGAUAACGUUAUUUCUGAUGUAAAUGGUAGAUAUGUGAUUGUGGAAGGGAAAAUUUUAUGAACGUUAGUAGUUUUGGUGAAUGUAUAUGCCCCGAAUUUUGAUAACGCUCCUUUUGCUCAGAAUUUGUUGUCAAAGAUUCCUACUUUGAACACACAUUCUUGAUAUUUGGGGGAGAUUUAAACUGUGUUAUUGACCCGGUUUUGGACAAAUCUAGCGCUGUUGCAAAGGCUCCCUCUACAAUGGCAAAGGUAUUGUCUGAGUUUAUGGUUCAGAAUGGUUACAUUGAUCCGUGGAGGUAUUUUAACCCACAAUGAGAAAAUAUUCUUUUUUUUCUCACGUACAUAAAUCUUUUUCUCGCAUUGAUUACUUUUUUAUUAAUAACUCUCUAAUUUCUCAGGUUGUAAACUCUGAAUAUCUACCAAUUGUUAUUUCAGACCACGCUCCUCUAAGUCUUGACAUUCUUCUACCUUCACAUCGUGCCUUUCGCCCACCAUGGAGGCUUCAUUCUCUACUUUUAUCCGAUUCAGCAUUUUGCAAGUAUAUUUCUACUUCGAUAGAUGAUUUCCUUCUUACUAAUCGAACUGAUUCAAUCUCUUACUCUUUACUUUGGGAAACUCUAAAGGCCUACUUAAGGGGACAGAUAAUCUCUUAUUCUGCUCAUGCCAAUAAGCAACACAAUCCAUUUUUUAAAAAAAAAUAAAUAAACAUAAUGUAUUGUGUUACUGUGUUUGUAAUUCUUUAUAUGAUCUGUCUACUGACUGCAUCCUUUACAGCAAUACAUCAACUGCAUGAUAUUAUUAAAUGAUUAUGUUUUUCCUCAAAUGGGUUUCCAGUGAAGGUUUUAUUUUAUUCUGUUUUUUAUUAUUAUUCAUGAACCAGGUUUAAUAAUGUCCUUAACAAGAGACGACUAUAGCUACCGGUUUAGCAUUACACAGACUGCAUGUCUAUAUCAUGACACGUUCAGCUCAAAAACAUUGUUUGUGUCAGUAAUACAGUUUCACAAAAUACAGAGUAAAUUCUAUUACAGACAUUAAAUACCCAAACCAAAUCUCUCUCUGUCUGUCUUUACUGUCAUUACUGAUAAAAUAAAGUGUGUUGGUUAGAGUAGGAGUUCUGAAACACACAGAAAUCAGUCUGAGAGUGUUUAGUCUUUAAUAUAAUGAUGGACUGAAUCUGAAGGAAGAAAUGGUUAACAGAGGAGUGUUUAUAAUCUCUCUGUCUUUGUGCUCCUCCUCCAAAACCACCUCCUCAUACACACAGAGAACCAGGAAGUUCAUUUCAAAGGAAACGAAACUCAGAGUUCAGUGCAGUCUCUCUCUCUCUCUCUCUCUCUCUCUCUCUCUCUCUCUCUCUCUCUCUCUCUCUCUCUCUCUCUGUGAGUUCAGGAAAAUGGCCGAGGCCAGUAUUUCAGUAGAUCAGGAUCAGUUCAUUUGUCCAGUUUGUCUGGAUCUACUGAAGGAUCCGGUGACGAUCCCCUGUGGUCACAGUUACUGUAAGGUGUGUAUUAAUGACUGCUGGGAUCAGGAAGAGAAGAGCGGAGUGUAUCGCUGUCCUCAGUGCAGAGACACUUUCACUCCAAGGCCUGUUCUACACAGAAACAACAUGCUGGCUGAAGUGGUGGAGAAACUGAAGAAGACUGAAGUCCAAGCUGCUUCUCAUGCUCACUGUUACGCUGGACCUGGAGAUGUGGAGUGUGAUUUCUGCACCGGGAGAAAACACAAAGCCGUCAAGUCCUGUCUGAUGUGUCUGGCCUCCUUUUGUGAAACUCAUCUGAAACCUCACUAUGAAGUUCCUGGUUUGAAAAAGCACAAGUUAGUCGAAGCUUCUGGAAAUCUACAAGAGAAGAUCUGCUCUGAGCAUGAUAAAGUGCUGGAGAUCUACUGUCGUACUGACCAAAGCUUCAUCUGUUAUCUGUGUAUGACGGAUGAACACAAAAGCCACGACACCGUCUCAGUUAAAGCGUACAGAACUGAAAAACAGAGAGAGUUAAAGGAGGAGCAGAUGAAAUCCCAGCAGAGAAUCCAGGAGAAGCAGAAGAAGGUGCAGGAGCUGAAACAGACUGUGAACACUAUAAAGCUCAGUGCACAGACAGCAGUGGAGGACAGUGAGAGGAUCUUUACUGAGAUGAUCAGCUCCAUGGAGAAAAGGCGCUCGGAGGUGACGGAGCUGAUCAGAGCUCAGGAGAAGGCUGAACUGAGUCGAGCUGAACGACUCCUGGAGCAACUGGAGCAGGAGAUCGCUGAUCUUCAGAGGAGAGUCACUGAGCUGGAGCAGCUUUCACACACACACGAUCACCUCCACUUCCUCCAGGAAAUAAAGGUUUUAGUCUCCGGCCAUCGCUCGCCCGAAUUUACUAGACCAUGUUUUCAGUCUGAUCUCCGUGAGGACUCACGCAGCAUCACUGUCAAUCAACAUCUCUCAUUUGAUGGAGUGAGGAAAUCUCUCUCUGCUCUGAAAAAGAGACUUGAGGAAUUCUGCCAGGAGGAAUUCAUCAGAAUCCCUGAACAUGCUGCAGCAGUUCAGAUCAUUUUACCCCCAGAACCAAAGAGCAGACAAGAUUUUCUGCAGUAUUUCUGUGAUCUGACUCUGGAUCCCAACACAGUAAAUUAUAACCUCAUUCUGUCUGAGAGGAACAGAGCGGUGACACGCAGUGAGAGAAAUCAGCAGUACUCUGAUCAUCCAGAGAGAUUUGACUCCUAUCAGGUGUUGAGUAAGGAGAGUGUGUGUGGACGCUGUAACUGGGAGGUGGAGUGGAACGGUGCUGUGUACAUAUCAGUCUCAUAUAAAGACAUCAGCAGGAAAGGGCAGGGUAAUGAGCGUUGGUUUGGACGCAACAAUCAGUCCUGGAGUCUGCGGUGUUCUUCUUCUUCUCUCUCUUUCUAUCACAACAACAUUAACACUGAUCUCAGAGUUCCAUCAUCCUCCAGAAUAGGAGUGUAUGUGGAUCACAGUGCAGGAACUCUGUCCUUCUACAGCGUCUCUGACACGAUGAAGCUCCUCCACAGAGUCCACACCACAUUCACUCAGCCUCUAUACGCUGGAUUCUGGCUCUGCUGGAAUUUUAUCUCUAAUUCAGGAACAGCUGUGAGGUUGUGUGAUCCAACAAAGAAAAUGGCCGAGGCGAGUAUUUCAGUAGAUCAGGAUCAGUUCAGCUGUCCAGUUUGUCUGGAUCUACUGAAGGAUCCGGUGACGAUCCCCUGUGGUCAAAGUUUCUGUAAGGUGUGUAUUAAUGACUGCUGGGAUCAGGAAGAUGAGAGCGGAGUGUAUCGCUGUCCUCAGUGCAGAGACACUUUCACUCCAAGGCCUGUUCUACGCAGAAACAACAUGCUGGCUGAAGUGGUCUCACCCAGCAUCACUGUCAAUCAACAUCUCUCAUUUGAUGGAGUGAGGAAAUCUCUCUAUGAUCUGAAAAAGAGACUCGAGGAAUUCUGCCAGAAGGAAUUCAUCAAAAUCCCUGAACAUGGCUUUCAGCCCUCCUCCAUUCCUUGUACUCUGGAACAAGAAAAAUUGCACCAACUGUGUCCAGAGUUUGGGAGUCCAGAGAACGCCCCCAACCUGGAUGAGUGUUUGGGGAAGGCCUGCCUCAUAGAUAAACCUGAGUUGCCUUUCACCACCUAUUAUGAGCAGACAAACUGGGUGACCUCCCCCCCAAAGCUCCUGCCUAAGACCCACCAUGUGGUCUCAGCAGCCGAGCUUCAGCCGGAAGUCAACGUGGAACCUCUUCCCCAGUGCUCCAACCUGAGACCCACGAGAGCCCACCAAGUUCCACCCACGCCCAAGUCUGCUGACAGGGCCCAUCAAGUUCCACUCACGCCCAAGUCUGCUGACAGGGCCCACCAAGUUCCGCUCAUGCCCGAGUCUGCUGAUACGGCCAACCAAGCUAUGCUCAUGCUCAAGACUGAUGACCCAGGGGAAACAGCCCCAGGCUCAUGUCUGCUCCUCAGCUCCUCAAGAAACCUGCUACUGGAAGAAAUGGUUAAUAGAGGAGUGUUUAUAACCUCUCUGUCUUUGUGCUCCUCCUCCAAAACCACCUCCUCAUACACACAAAGAACCAGGAAGUUCAUUUCAAAGGAAACAAAACUGAGUUCAAUGCAGUCUCACUUUCUCUCUGCAUUUGAGUGCAGGAAAAUGGCUCAGGCCAGUAUUUCAGUAGAUCAGGAAGAGUUCAUCUGUCCAGUUUGUCUGGAUCUACUGAAGGAUCCGGUGGCGAUCCCCUGUGGUCACAGUUUCUGUAAGGUGUGUAUUAAUGACUACUGGGAUCAGGAAGAUGAGAACGGAGUGUAUCGCUGUCCUCAGUGCAGAGACACUUUCACCCCAAGGCCUGUUCUACGCAGAAACAACAUGCUGGCUGAAGUGGUGGAGAAACUGAAGAAGAAGACUGAAAUCCAAGCUGGUUCUCCUGCUCACUGUUACGUUGGACCUUUAGAUGUGGAGUGUGAUUUCUGCACCGGGAGAAAACGCAAAGCCAUCAAGUCCUGUCUGAUGUGUCUGGCCUCCUUUUGUGAAACUCAUCUGAAACCUCACUAUGAAGUUCCUGGUUUGAAAAAGCACAAGUUAGUCGAAGCUUCUGGAAAUCUACAAGAGAAGAUCUGCUCUGAGCAUGAUAAAGUGCUGGAGAUCUACUGUCGUACUGACCAAAGCUUCAUCUGUUAUCUGUGUAUGACGGAUGAACACAAAAGCCACGACACCGUCUCAGUUAAAGCGUACAGAACUGAAAAACAGAGAGAGUUAAAGGAGGAGCAGAUGAAAUCCCAGCAGAGAAUCCAGGAGAAGCAGAAGAAGGUGCAGGAGCUGAAACAGGCUGUGAACACUAUAAAGCUCAGUGCACAGACAGCAGUGGAGGACAGUGAGAUCAUCUUUACUGAGAUGAUCAGCUCCAUGGAGAAAAUGCACUCAGAGGUGACGGAGCUGAUCAGAGCUCAGGAGAAGGCUGAACUGAGUCGAGCCGAACGACUACUGGAGCAACUGAAGCAGGAGAUCGCUGAUCUUCAGAGGAGAGUCACUGAGAUUGAGCAGCUUCCACACACACACGAUCACCUCCACUUCCUCCAGGAAAUAAAGGUUUUAGUCUCCGGCCGUCACUCUCCCGAAUUUAUUAGACCAGGUUUUCAGUCUGAUCUCCAUGAGGACUCACGCAGCAUCACUGUCAAUCAACAUCUCUCAUUUGAUGGAGUGAGGAAAUCUCUCUCUGCUCUGAAAAAGAGACUCGAGGAAUUCUGCCUCGAGGAAUUCAUCAAAAUCCCUGAACUUGCUGCAGCAGUUCAGAUCAUUUUACCCUCAGAACCAAAGAGCAGACAAGAUUUUCUGCAGUAUUUCUGUGAUCUGACUCUGGAUCCCAACACAGUAAAUUAUUACCUCAUUCUGUCUGAGAGGAACAGAGCGGUGACACGCAGUGAGAGACAGCAGCAGUACUCUGAUCAUCCAGAGAGAUUUGACUACUACUGUCAGGUGUUGAGUAAGGAGAGUGUGUGUGGACGCUGUUACUGGGAGGUGGAGUGGAGCGGUGAUGAUGUGUCCAUAUCAGUCUCAUAUAAAGACAUCAGCAGGAAAGGAUCGGGUAGUGAUUGUGUGUUUGGACACAACAAUCAGUCCUGGAGUCUGUCUUAUUCUUCUUCUUCUCUCUUUUUCUGUCACAACAACAUUGAGACUGAUCUCGGAGUUCCAUCAUCCUCCAGAAUAGGAGUGUAUGUGGAUCACAGUGCAGGAACUCUGUCCUUCUACAGCGUCUCUGACAUGAUGAAGCUCCUCCACAGAGUCCACACCACAUUCACUCAGCCUCUAUACGCUGGGUUCUGGCUCGGCUCUAGUGGAUCAACUGUGAGAUUAUGUGAUCCAGAAUAAAAUAUCAGUAAUGUGAUUUUAUUGAAUUAAAAUAAGCAAAAAUAUCAUCUUUACUCAAAUAUAGAUAUAAUACAAGUAAGUUAUUUUAUAUUUCUUAAUUGUCUUUAAUACUGUUACAGCUUCUUUAUUCUGUCCUUUAAGAGAUUUUAAUGUUAUGAUAAUGUGGCUAUUAUUGGAAAAAAAC